AUGUCCUCAGGCGGGCUCGUCUCCGCACUCUCUGGCACCAAGAAGUCCAUGGCGUUCACCUGGAUCGGCUGGACGGGGUUCUACAUCCCCCCGAAGGAUCGUCCCAUCGUCGACAAACGACUCAUGGACGAGUACUCCUGCCAGGCCGUCUACCUCGAUGACGACGUCGCAGACCGGCACUAUAACGGCUUCUCGAACUCUAUCCUUUGGCCGCUCUUCCACUACCACCCCGGCGAGAUGAAUUUCGACGAGGAGAACUGGCUCGCGUAUCGGCAGGCGAAUAUGAAGUUCGCGGAGGCCGUCAAGCAGCAGGUCAGGCCGGGGAGUAUGGUCUGGGUGCAGGAUUAUCAUCUUAUGUUGUUGCCCAUGUUUUUGCGCGGGCUCGUCACCGGUCCAAACGAGAUGAGGGAGGUGACUUCGAACGAGCUCGAGAAGCUCACGGAGGGGUUGGAUAAUGCCGAUGUCCCUGCGUUUGGACACGAGUAUGUACCCGGAGUGAAGAUCGGCUUCUUCCUUCACACGCCGUUCCCCAGUUCCGAGAUUUACAGGAUUUUGCCAGUGCGGAGAGAGAUCCUGCUCGGCGUGCUCUAUUCCGAUCUGCUCGGCUUCCACACAUACGACUACGCCCGUCACUUCCUCUCCUCAUGUACCCGUAUCCUCGGUCUCCCCACCAUGCCCAACGGCGUCGAGUUCGAAGGCCGGCUCGCCCACGUCGGGACUUUCCCCAUCGGAAUCGACCCUACCUCCUUCACCGAGAACUUGAAGAAGGAAUCGGUCCAGAAGAGGAUCAAGCAGCUCGAGCAGCGCUUUAAUGGCGUGAAGGUUAUUGUGGGUGUUGAUCGUUUGGAUUAUAUCAAGGGCGUCCCACAGAAACUACACGCGCUCGAGCUCUUCCUCACUCAACAUCCCGAAUGGAUCGGCAAGGUCGUCCUCGCACAACUCGCCGUCCCCUCCCGCCAAGACGUCGAAGAAUACCAGAACCUACGCGCGACGGUGAACGAGCUCGUGGGCCGGAUCAACGGAAGGUUCGGAACGGUCGAGUUCAUGCCUAUCCAUUUCAUGCAUAAGAGCUUGCCGUUCGAUGAGUUGUGUGCGCUUUAUGCGGUUAGUGAUGUUUGUUUGGUGUCGAGUACGAGGGAUGGGAUGAAUUUGGUCUCAUACGAAUAUAUCGCGUGCCAACAAGCCCGGAACGGCGUGAUGAUCCUCUCUGAGUUCGCUGGCGCGGCACAAUCGCUGAACGGUUCGAUCGUCGUCAAUCCAUGGGACUCGCAGCAGGUCGCGGACGCGAUACAUGAGGCGGUGACGAUGGACGUGGAUACGAGGGUGGAGAAUAAUCGGAAGUUGUUCAAGUACGUCACGAAAUACUCCGCCGCCUUCUGGGGCACCUCCUUCGUGCGCGAGAUGUCGAAGAUCAGGCCGGAAGACGUAGAUAAAGGCGGCCAGGCAGAGUUGUUGCCUGCUAGCACGGCGGGGAAUCAGCCUGGGGGGAGUACGAAUGGGAAUCCAGCGUUGGAGACGGCUGCGGAUGGGAGUGGGGAUGGGGAGCAGUCGCCGGUGGGGGUGGAUGCGACUGUUAUUGCUUCGUGA